AUGCGCUGCUCAACCGUCUUCGCUGGCCUUUUCAUGGCUGCCUCCGCCUUGGCUCUUCCUCUGGAUGCCUCUUCCUCCAACACGGCCCUCAAGCCUGUCGAAGCCGUCAAGGACCUGUCCGCCAGAGCACCUGCUCCUCAGAUCGACAUCGACUUGAGCGAUGUCCUUGGCGACGUCUCCGACGUUGUUGAUAACCUGGUCGUUGCCUUGGAGCAGGUCUUGGAUCCCGUCCUGUUGGCGCUCCAAAACGUCACCACCGUCCUCAACGAGCUGCUGGUCGACCCCAGUGUCGUCGACUCCACCCUGACCCUGGCCAAUUCCCUCAUUACCAUCCAAGGUGUUCAGACCUCUAUCAACGGCCUUACCGGCGCUACCUUGACCACCGACGAUGUGUCAGACCUGACCAGUGUCAACAGCGCUCUUCAGACUCUUCUCGACACCGUGAACAACCUCAUCUCCACUGGCAAUACCGACACCACCCUGGUCAGCAUCCAAACCCUGCUCAACCAGAUCAUUGCUACUGUGAACGGCCUACUGGAUGGUAUCACCGUCACCGCAUAA